AUGGGUUUGAGUUGUGAGGUUUUAUUUUGACACAGUUGUGUGUGCGACAACAACACGCCCCACCAAACACACACACGCACGAGCUGCAGGAGCCACGAUGGAGCUGUCUGGGAGCAGUGCUACCGGUGUUGGGGCAAACAUGAGCACCCCUGAAACCCUCCAGGCGCAGCCUAGAGGACCCAUGGCUCGUGCUGUGCAGCCACAGCCUGUCGCCAAGCUCACGCCGUUCCAGCUGUCACAACGAGGCAUGCUGCAGCCUCUCAAGCAAGCCGUGGAAGGCGGCUUCCACGUCGACACCCCAGAUGAGGAAGGCAUCACCUGCCUCCACUGGUGUGCCAUCAACAACCGCCUCGAAUGCAUCCAGUAUUUGUUGGAUGAAGGUGCCAAUGUGGAUCCAGUUGGCGGGGAGUUGCAAGCCACUCCACUGCACUGGGCAAUCAGGCAAGGCCACAUGCGCGUCGUUGUGCUGCUUGUCAAGGGCGGCGCUAACACCGCCUUCAAAGACGCGCAAGGGUACAACCCGCUUCACGUGGCCUCACAGUUUGGCUUCAUGAACAUUGCCGCGUACCUUGUCGCGCGGGGAGCGGAUGUCAAUGCAAAAGACAACAACGGCCGCACGCCCCUCAUCUGGGCGGCGACAAAGGCCUUCUCCUCUGAUCUGAUCCGCUGCCUGAUGGCGCUCGACGCGUCUCUAAAUCUCCGCGACUCUGCCGGCAACACAGCGCUGCACUAUGCUGUCGCUGCCAACAACAUGUUUGCGGUCAUUGCCCUGGUUCAUGCCGGUGCCAGCAAGGACGUCAAGAAUGAGCAGCUUCGCUCCAGCAUCGUCUGGGGUAUUGUCUACCUCUUCCUUGCCAUCUGGGGCUGGGUCAUGGGCAACAACUUCUUCAACCACGGCUACAAGCCUGGCGAGUCGCCCGUGUCCAUGUCUGUGUACUUUGGUACCAAGAUCCUCUUUGCAGUCACAACCUUCCACCUCUUCUGGCCAGCUGUCUUUGCCGACGGCCCGCUGAUGUCGCUGCCCAUGAAGAUGGUGGUUGCAGUCAACAUCUUCCUCCUCGCAUGGAGCUUCUACAAGACACACACGGGUGAUCCAGGCUACAUCCGCCCAGAUCGCAGCACACGCGAGCGCGUCAUCAUUGAGCUCGCUGAGAGGGAUGAGCUGAACGGAAACACGUUCUGCCCGACGUGCGCCAUUCGACGUCCACUUCGCUCCAAGCACUCCGCCGUCACGAACAAAUGCGUGGCCAAGUUUGACCACUACUGCCCGUUUGUGGAGAACGACGUUGGCGCAUGGAACCACCAUUACUUUAUGAACUUCCUUGUGUUCUUCGUCAUGGCCCACGCCUUUUUCCUCCUCUACUCCUUCCAAUAUAUGUACCAUGCCAAGCCACCCGGUGCCAACGUCCUGAAGUCGUUCGCGGACUGGUGCUCCUUUUCUCCCUGGGUCAUGUUCCUCAUGGCGCAGUGCUGCGUCCACUUGACCUGGGUGGCAUUGCUGCUGGGGAUGCAGCUCAAGCAGGUUGCCAUCACAGGCCUCACGACAAACGAGGAAAUCAACAUGUGGAAGUACGAUUACCUGCAGGGCUAUCGCCGCAGCCCUUGGCAUCGUGGCGCCAUUGGCAACCUUGUGGAGCUGUACACGCACUCCACGGAUUGGACAUCCGUGUUUGAGACCCCGGCGCAGCUGCACCACCGCGCAACGUCCCUGGCGCGCGUCAGCGCCAGCGACAAUGCACCAAGCGAGCGCGCAUCCCUGCUUCCACCCUCUACCCCGUCCUCGAAGUGAUGCUACCACGUCACACCACAACCCUCCGCAACACAACCCUCCACAACACACCACAACACGCACACUCCACAACACAACACACCACCACAUUGCCUGUGACUGUGAAAUACAUAUUAGGCUGUGCUCAUUUGCAGGCUUCUAUUGUAGGCCUUUUGUGUUUGUGCGCUUCUUGCUUGUUUGUUUUGUGCGCCCACUUGCAUGCGUGCGCUUUGUUCUUUGUUCGUUUGCUGGAUUUGCUGACGCCCUACCACCCGAUGACAUCAUCCUUUUGAGCGAUUCAACUUUUAAACUUUGACGACGCAAGCACGUUGCGUACUUGCGUUCUGUUCCUGACACA